ACCCGCUCCUAUUAGGGUUCGCGUUCACUUCUCCUCGACGAGAAUCGCUGGAUUUUGCCACCACGCGCUCGCCCGCUGGCCCAGAGAUCCUCGCAGAGCUUGCAUGCUCGAGCGAAGCUGUAACAUUGCGUGACAGGAUCGUAGAUUUGGUUGCGUUUCUCUCGUCGCUGUGAUCCGGGAGCGAUCCGAGCGGGAAGGAAGGAGAGGAGGUAGUGUCUCGUCGGCCGGACGUCCGAAGAUUUGCCAGGAUCGACCCGCAAGGUCGGUGGGAGGGAGGGACUGGAGGAAGUAGCACCAAGCACGAACUGAGUAGCGAGCGCGCUUACUGGCCUGCCUGGACUAGACUCACUAGUGCUCGGAGCACCUAGCGGGAGCAAACUUCAUCGAAUAUGAUCGAGGUAGUGCUGAACGAUCGUCUUGGCAAAAAGGUACGUGUGAAGUGCAAUGAGGAUGACACGAUUGGUGACCUGAAAAAGCUCGUAGCAGCUCAGACUGGAACACGGCCUGAGAAGAUCCGCUUACAGAAGUGGUAUAACAUUUACAAGGAUCACAUUACUCUUGCUGAUUAUGAGAUUCAUGAUGGCAUGGGCUUGGAGCUCUACUACAACUAGGAGUCUUUGGACACGACUUCUGUUCUACUUAAGGGCUCGACUUUGACAAGGUGUGAAUAAGUAUACUGUUACAGUACACAAAUGUUUUCUUGAAAAUACUUUAAUGUCUAAUUGUUGAGUUUUGCAGUUUCAGAGUUGACACUCAAUUAUGAGAAGUCGCUCGAUGCAGUGUUGAAGUAAAUGACGCUUGAAUAGGUUUUGGAUUGUUUAAAUUUGAUGCAGAUAUUGUGAAUGCUCGUUGCCCAGUUAGAAUCUUUCGGUAGUCAUACCUCGGAGCUUAUAGGAACAAGACGCCCUUCAAAUCGCGCUUGCAAGUAACUUGUCGCGUCUAUAUUUACUUCAAUAUCUCAUGUUUUCUAGAUUUUUAUAUCAUCGAUUGACGCAGAAGUGCUGAUUCACAGUCAGUCACUGAAUUAUACCAACUCUUGUAAAUCCAGCUAGGAAACUCACGGAUCUGAUUUUGCUGCCCAAUUUGCUAUCCUUGUCUGGCCUUAUCUCAACAUAGGAUUGUCAUCCAUGCUCUCGCUAAUCAGGGGGCUCCGUUGAUCUUGUGAACAAUCUGAAACAAUUCAGAUCGUUUCAGAGUACCUCGAUGAUUACCUUCUUCCCUUCCGCCGGUGUUUUGUGGAGUCAACUAAAUCGGGUUUAUUCGAUUGUAGCAUUAUCCCCCUUGUUCGUGUGUUUCCUCCUCGUCAGUUCACUACUCCAAGUACACUAGGCAUGACCGUGAUGUGAUAUGGCAUGUGCCUUUUCAAGCCCUCUUCAGGAAAUGAGGAGAGUUUGAGUCAGCCCGAAGCAACGGUUUUUCUACUUUACUGAUUCAACUGGAAGGCAAUAGACUCUUGGGAUCCUUUUACUCUGAAAUCUUUCACUGAAAAGCGGUCGGCUUAAGAGAAUGGUUUGAGAAGUGCCCUACGUCUGAAAGUUUUCAGCAGGGAGAUGACAAUGUGGAACCCUCGAGAUGUGCUUAUAUCGAGGUUCUACAAAGUUGGCCAGGUCAGUUGUCUGAGACAUUAUAUUUCUAAACAAAUAUAAUGGUUUAAGUUGCUUCUUCAAGAUACAGUCGACGCUAAAUCUGGGAAGCCACAGUUGACUUGUAUUUCUCGUCACUUGAUUGAAUGUACCUCUCUUAAAUGUUGGAAUAGUGACUGAAUGCCCUGUGUUAACCUCUAUGAACCAAUUUUUGACCAAGGAGUAGACUGAUUUAUUCUAUGUCUUUACCAGGAAAUUGAGUUUUUUGGACUGAUUCUGCGCUCGUGACGCGUUGAAUGAUGGAUUAACAGGAAAAAGGGGGUGUCAAAACAUGGGGUCGUAAAACUUACAGAUUCGAUACAGAUUUUCAAAGCUGCGAUACACGAGUUUCUCUGCUGGUGGUUUAAAGUUACUGACAGUUCCCCUAGCUGAUUGUCACUGGGCGUUAAAUCAAGUGCUAUCGUGUCGAAGUUGAUGUAGAUAGUCACACUAGUACUAUCCCCAGAACUAAGAGAAAAAUGUAAACUAUAAAAUUUUAUGUGAAGCUAAUCCCACAAGAUCUAUAUCUGCAACAAGCCAG